CUUGUUUCCCUUUCUUCCAGAGAACUCAUAAACUGCUCCGUCCUCAAGCCCCGCUGAAGCUGUUGACAUGGCAACGAACACCUCAUCCAAAUAUCACAAAAUCCCCCGCAAGGUUCUAAUCCAAGGAUCUCCUGCUGUCUACCGGCUGAAACUUGAGAAGGAGAACAUUCAACCUCAGAGAACAGUUAAAGAUAACAUUGGAACUCUGACAAGAAUGACUCUUGGUGAAAAAAAUCCAAACAAGAUAAACAAAACCAUCUUACUUGUUGGUGAAACAGGAACAGGAAAAUCUACUCUGAUCAAUGCUCUGGUCAACUACGCCAUGGGAGUGGAGUGGGAGGAUGAUGUCUGGUUUCAGAUCGUAGAGGAGGAGAAGAGAAGUCAAUCAGAAAGUCAGACAUCAGAUGUGAUCGUGUACCAGAUCUUUGGGUUUGAAGAUAAAACUCUGCCCUACUCUCUGACCAUCAUCGAUACUCCUGGAUAUGGAGACACCAGAGGGAUCGAACAGGAUGCCAUCGUCAGUCAAAGAUUAUUAGACUUGUUUCACUCAAAGGAUGGAGUUCAUGAGAUUAAUGCAGUGGGUCUGGUGCUGAAAGCGAGUGAGAAUCGACUGACUGACCGAUUGAGGUACAUCUUUAAUUCAGUGAUCUCUCUGUUUGGAAAAGACAUAGAGAAGAACAUUGUUGCUCUCAUCACACACUCAAAUGGUCUGACACCUGAAAAUGUUCUGAAAGCUCUCGAGGCUGCAAACAUUAAAUGUGCCAAAGAUGAAGAGAAUGAGACUGUUCACUUCAUGUUUGAUAACUGCCAGAGCACUCAGAAAACAAAGAAAAAUAAGGUUGCUUUGAAAAGGGCAUGGGAAGUAACAAAGGACCAAAUGGGCCAAUUCGCUGAUUUCCUGACAGAAAAUCCCCCUCAAAAGCUGGAGACAACUGUUGAAGUGUUGAAUACACAUACCAAACUGACAGCCUGCAUCCAAGACCUGCAAGACAGAAUUGAGUCAAUUGAUCUAAAACAGACAGAAAUCCAGCAGACUCAGGAAGGUCUGAAGAAGUAUGAACAAGAGAUGAAGAACAAUAAGAACUUUACUGUAGAAGUUGAUGAGGUCUACACAGAUACAGAACCUAUCAAUGGUGGGAUGUGGGGGUUAUGGUUCUAUGAAGGAGCUGUCUGCUGCAAAACGUGUCAGAGGAACUGUCAUUAUCCUGAAUGCACAGUGGCCUGGUAUCCAAGAGACUGUGAGGUCAUGAGUGGUGGCCGCUGCACUGUAUGUCGUUGUUCUGUAUCAGCUCAUGUCAAAGAAGAGUGGAAGUAUGUGAACAAGACAAGAAAAGUGAAAAAGACCCUGCAAGAUGUGAAGGACAAGUAUGAAAGGAACAAGGCAGGAAGUGAGAGCGAGUUGAGCCUUUUGGAAACUCUUAAGAAAAACAUGGAAGAACUUCAGAAAGAAAAAGAUCAGUUGUUGGAAGAGUCCUUUCAGCAUGUUGUCAAACUGGAGCAAAUUGCCCUGAAUGUUAAUUCAGUGUCCACUUAUGACCACUUGGACUUCCUGAUUGAGAAGAUGACGGAGAAAGAGGACACAGGGAAGAAGAGGAAACUGAAAGAGAUGAAAGGUCGAAUGGAUAAAGAUGAAGGAAUCAAAGCAGCGCUACAAUAUGGGUUUAGUAAACUAACAGGAGCUGGUAAAGCAAAGAGACAAAGAACUACAUGAUCAGAAUCCCUGUGAGAAAAUAACUGUAGAAAACAAGGUCUACACUACAAAUGUGUUUCAUUUCAUUUAAUAAAUAUUACAU